AUGAAAUCUUCCAUAAUCAUUGCAAUCAUCUUUGGCCUAGUAACUUCAAUGACGCUCACGCUUAUUGAAGGUAAUAAAGUAUGGAUACAAAAUAAGGUUGAGCGUGGUUGUUUUACUCGAGCUGCAGCCACCCAAAUACAUGAUGAAGAAGGCUGGGAAUGGGACAAAGAUGGAAUCGACAAUCGAGGUCAAUGGACUCACAAUGGUUAUUAUCUGUAUAUCCCAGAAGAUGUAAAAACAUAUUGGCUCGUUUUCGGAGUGCUAUAUUCUACUGAAGAAGAUAAGUGGCGCGGUCCAUUCGAAAAUGAUGGGGAUAAAUGUUGGCACUUUCAUGGUACUUUAGAUAAUUGGAAAAUAUAUGGAUGUUAA